CUGGAUCUUUUGGGAAAAGAUCACAAUUAUAGCAAGUUAAACUUAUUAUGUUGUUAAGUGUACAGACCAUUGUUAACACUAAAAUCUAAAUAAUGUUUUUUUUAAUAACAAUUGGUUUGUGUAUACAUAUUGUGCAAUGAAAUGUGUUUUAGAAUUUUAGCCUUGUACAUAAAUAAAAUGUAAGGCUAACACCACAGGGUUACAAUAAAGUUAUUUUAAGACUCAAUGCUUCAUCUUUAGCAGGGUAGCUGCAGUUAAACCCAGUUUGAUCUUGGUGGUAACCGAGGUAGCAUUUUUUCCUUCCUACUUUAUUAAUGGCUUGUGUAUAAUAAACAUUAUGAAAACAGUGAAAUUUGAGAGGCGACUGCAGUUACCUGAGAACCACAGAAGAAUAGGCUGUGAGUCUGCGGGUCCUGGGUUACUUGCUAACAAGCAUUCAGGGGAAGCACAUUGGGAUUGCUUGGUAUCUCAGGUGCAAGUUCUGCCACUCAGCAGACCACAACCAAUAAGCUGUAUAGAAAGCAAUGGCCUGGAAAGCCUGCUGAUGCAGAUGAAACGACCCCACAAACAAUCAACAGGGGCCCUUCCAGUCAACAAAAUACCUCCGCUGUCUGUCAGAACGGUGUCUCUACCAGAACUGUGCAACAAAGGCAUUGUGGUGACACCACAACAGCGGGGAAUCCUCGAAUCUACUCCACGUUGCUUUCCACCUUCUAGAAGAUGGUCGUUUAUGUCUGCAUGCAAUGAGGAUACCUCUGGAGGGAGUGUCACACCUGUCUCUAAAGGCUAUCUGGAGAAGGCUUGUUUAAGGUGUAUGGCAAGGAAGGAAUGUGUCGUUUUCUGCACGAUGGAGACUGUUAAAAGAGGAUGGUUGCCAAUGCAGAAGAAAGCAGCCAUCUGCGUUAUUCACAGCGAUAAGGAGCAGAAAGAGACUGCUGCUUCCGCAAGAGAGAAGGUGAACUCUGCAAAGCGAAACAACUUGGACCAUAAGCAUAACCCAAGAAACAAUGACAGCAUUUAUACAGAUGCAAGUAAAGGAAACCAAUGUAAUUCCUGUAUAUCUUCAACAGAGCAGAGAUCUGAGGGAUUUCCUUUUAAAGGUACCACAGACAUUCGCAAGGCCUUCAACAAAGAGAAAGUUGGUUUGCUGGAAAACAGUCUGCCAGAUCCCAUAGGGGGUUUCUUGCAAGACCUCUGGGGAAACAAGACAGCUUUGUCAUCAUUUUGGCCUGAUUUGAUUCACUCUGAUUAUCCGCACAGGAAGGAAUGUGCGGCACCCUGCAUGAGUCCCUCACUUCCGUCAGAACAGCCAAGGACAAUAGGAAUUCUGAGGACCUCCAGAGAAAUUUUGUGUCAGACAAACUCGGCUCACACGGAGAGUAAAGCUGACCUGUCAAAGAUGAGACCAGGAUUCUCAUCCAUCACAAUAGCAGCUCGGAGAGUGGCAACACCAGCCAGCGCGCCACCAGAAACAACUCCUGGCACCUGUCUAAAACACACAGAGAGAGCUUUGCCUUUAAAUGUUCUUGAUCCUGUUGUCACUGUGGAUGGGCCUUCGAUUGGAAGGCACUGUAAACCUAUCCUGAGAAACAGAAAAGCCACGAUAAUAAAGGUGACAGAGGACAGGCACAGGCACAGGUACAGUUACACAGAGGGCGAGAGUGGUAGAAAAACUAGAGUGCCCGAGUACAGGCACAGUUAUGCUGAAGGUGAAAACAAAGAGAAUAAAUAUUCUCAUUUUUGUGAGGAGGGGGACAGAAGAGGCUCUUCUGCCUCCUCGUCGCGGGGUGUGGUUCAAUCAUCCGCCCACUAUAAGGUGCCACCUGAGUCAGCAAAUACUGUCUUAUACCUGGACAAGUCCCUUUCCUUUUCCAUCCACAAGCCUGAAAGAAGCACAGUCCAACAGGUUUACAGAUCAGCCCUAUCUUUGUAUCUGAACUGCAGUUCUCCCAAAGAAACACUAGAUGGCGGAAUUGGCAAGACAAAUGAAAAUUGUUUACCGGGUCCUAAACCCACUGGGAACAGCAGCAGAGUAUCUGAUAACACAGAAAUUAACCAGGAGACUUCCACAGUCCCACCAUUAAAUCAGAAUGGGUUACCUCCUCAGAAACAUUCAUGUGUCAACGGCAUCUGGGGCAUUGCGUCUCAAUCAAGUGCUGCUGCCUUGAAAAAAAGGGCCCUUUGUGUACCAGCACCACAAACAGAGAAACAAGAACAUCAUUUUAAUUAUGGGACCAGCAUGCAUCAGAACAAUUUCAGGACCCUGUAUCUCAAUGAUGCCCAUGGUCCCCAGAAUUCCAGUAAUCUAAACAGGAAGCAAGCUGAUGAUCAGGGUGUAGCCAGCUUUGCUUCCCUUCCGGAACAAAAUGCACUCGCGAGAGGUUCCUCUCCAACCGGUGACUCUUUAUUGAAGGGAAAUUACUGCAGUGCAGUUACAGUAACAGCUCAAGCAAAACUCCAAACACAGCUUGCAUACCAGAUACCACACAGUCCAGUGGCUGUUUCAGCAAGGAAUUCUAAGCUGUUUUCCAAAAUGACUCGGGAUACUUUUGAUCAUGUGACAAGUUUGGGCAAGGUGUCAGACUGUGAGAAAGAAGACAUCAGACAGCAGUCCACCCCCGGUGUGAUAACAGAACAUACAGCUUACUCCGCAACCAGGAACCCAGGGAAACCAAAUCAGUGCGUUCAGUCAGAGACCCACACUGACCUUGAGGACGGCUCUCAGACAGCACUGACUCUAAGAGAAGCCCUGGAACUCCUUCGGCCUGACUUCAUAACUCGCUCCAGGGAACGUGUGCAGCAGCUUGAACUGCGAGCACUGCAGAGGAGAGCCGAGCAGAGCAAGAGGGUGAGACCACCCCCAGGAAUACCCUCCAGCACCGCCAACAGAAAGAGGCAGUACACCAGACCACACCCUCUCAGUGAUAACCUUUUCAAGCCAAAAGAGAGAACCUUUUCAGGAAAGGAGAUGCAACUGAGAUCUAAAAGGAUUUACAAACAGCUGCCUGAAGUGAAAAGGAGAAAGGAAGAAGAAAAGAAAAAAGUGGUAUCACAAACAAACAGGCUGCGGGCUGAGCUUUUUAAAAAGAAAUUACUGGACCAAAUACUACAGAGAAGCAUUGAUUGAUGAAGAUGGAUCCCCUCUUAAAGGACAUUCGCUGUGUGCCACUGCUUUUAGCCUAGCCCUGUCAUGUAUUUUUGAUCCUGUCUGCUUUAUUAUAAGCUGUUUCAUAUUAUGGUAACAGGGUUUUCUAUCUUUACUUCAGAGGGUACCAACUGGGGCACUUGAUAUACCCAAGCAGCACUGCCCUCAGUACUAUAUACUGUAAAUAAUAGUUGUAAGAACUGAUUCUGGAGUAUACAUAAAUACUCUUUCUAAUUUAACCUGGUUAAACAAAGAAGAUAUUUCUAGAGCAUAACCCAUGAACAUUCACAGAGUGCUGAUUGCAUGAAUUAAGGAAGGUCGAACUGACUAUCCUCAUGACAAAAGUAAGCACAGCACUCCAAGUAUGUUAUAUAAUAAGUGCAAUGUAUGGAAAAGAAAGUAUGCUUAACCCUAAAUUCAACAGCUUAAGGGAAUUACUUUACUUUAUUAUCAAGCUUGGCAUCUGCUUAGCAAUGCGGUUUAAAUUGGAUUUUGGAUUCUGAUGUAUGCAAGGUUGCAAAUUGAAUCACACAUUUCAAGGAUACAGUAUUAAGCAUAAAAAGACAUUCAGUUUUGUUUAAACAAAGCUGUUAUGUUUUAAAUUGCUAAUAAAUCGCUCACUAAACAAAGCUGCUUCAAUAA